AUGAGAACGUCCAAAUCUAGCAUCUUUUUCGCUAUAAUCGCCGUGUUUCAGUUUGCAUCUAUGGCACUCCUGAUUAUUUGCUGUAUCACAGCUCCAGUAUUCAAACAGAUUGGUCUCUCGAAAUACGAUGGCAUUACAUAUGGUGUCUUUGGCUACUGUGAGGAUGAUUCAUGUUCCAAAGCAAGUGCUUCCUAUAACCCAUACGCUUUAAGUGACGACACUGCUUCGUGGAAGAUGAACUCGAAUGCAAGGAAGGCCCUAGGCCACAUACUUAUUAUCAUGCCCGUAGCUGCUGGUUUGAACUUUUUUGCGUUUCUCUCAACUUCUAUCACUUUGAUCGUUUCCAUCUUACAGAAUUACGGUAAUAUUUCAGCAAUAAUGUUCAUAAUUAAUCUGAUUUUCGAUCUCUUGGGCUUUUUAUCCUCUGCUCUAAUGUGUAUCGUAUCUUUCCUUCUCUUUUACCCUCAUACUACUUGGUGUACGUGGAUUUUAAUUCCUGCUGCAGUACUACCACUAAUCACAUUACCUCUAAUCUUCGUUGCAUACAUUUCCAACGGUCAAAAUGGUACUGAGUCCAAUUUGGAAGAACAGGAUGAAAUCAUGUUAUAUGACCAAUACAAUAACACUAAUUCCAAAAAACUGUCCAUUGAUGAUAUUUACAACUAUUACAAUGAUGAUGAUGCUGCCGGUUCAUCCAAUUUACUCAAUAAACCAACUGUUCCAUCUGAUGCCAAUCCUUCUACAACUGACGUCGAGAAAGAUUUGUAUAAUGUAAACAAUUCAGCUACUGACCUAUCAACAGAAGAAAGAGAGAAACAAGAAUAUACCGAGAGAGUAACGGCCGUCAAUGUAUCAGACGAAUAUGUUGAAAAAGUUCAGCAUGGGGAUAAUGAUGAUGAUAAGAACAGUGAGAAGAACUCAUUGACAGCAUUUUCUGCUAUUGAAAAUGAUACUGGUGCGGCCAAUAAUAAUGGCAAUAAUGUAAGACAAAACGCUCAUGCAUACGUUCCCACUGCAUCUUUAAAUUCAUCAACUUAUUCCCAUAAGGAAACACCAUCUACUGACAAUCCGAAUAGAAUAAUAGAAGAUGUGAUGAAUAAUGGUCCUGAAGAUAAUACAUUUAAUGACGAUAAACGUUCAGAUCUAACCUCCAUUUCAAGAAGAGGCUUUAAUCAAUAUAAGAACAACAAUAUUCCACCUUAUCCAAAAAAUCCAAGCAUGAGCCAGCCUCAAUCAGCAAUCCAACAACCAAUGAAUUAUCAACAGUCAGGACAAUAUCAGCAACCAAUGCAAUAUCAUCAACAGUACAGUGUACCUCCUAGACAGUACCUGCCAUCUUAUCACUCUGUUCCUCAAAUGACAACAAUGUCUGAUACAAUACUGUCGAAUAAUCCAAAUUUCAUGCCUGCACCUAUGUCAAGAAAUGGAAUGAAAUCACACCAGCAACGCGAUAAUAACACACAAGCAAAUGUGAAUAUGUCAAGAAUACCAAACUCGACUCCACAUUUCCAAUCUGCUUAUAAAAAACGUAUGCAAAAUAAAAACAAUCUUUAUAAUACUCUACAGCACUCUGAUAAUCCCUAUAAUUUUAGGUGA